AUGACUGAAGUAAAGAAAGACGAUGUUGUUAAAAUAUUACAUACGUAUCCACUUUGUAGAGUAAGUAAAAUAUUAUUUAUGUACAUGUUUUAUAUUGUAAAAUAUGUUGAAAAGAAAAAGUCUGGUUUCUUUUAUCAAUAGUGUUUGAUCAAUAUAAGGUCAUUGUUCGAAAAAUAAUAUCUGUAGCUUCAUAAUAAAUAAAUACAGCUUAAUUUUAUUAAAUUUUUUAUUAAAUAAUCCUCUAUUAAAUGUUAAUAUUUUUUGUUAUCAUAAUUAUUUUAACAUCAUACGCACUGUAUAAUAAAAAUAAAAUAUUUAAAUCAAAAAAUUCUACUUGUGUUACAUAUCAUUUUUGUGUAAAAUGUCUUCUAUUAGUAAAUAGUUUAAGUAUUUUCUUCAAAAUUAUUUUAGACAUAUUGUUACAUUUUUACAUUUGUCGAGUAUGUUUUAGAAGUGUGAUAUGUCGGAUGAAAUGAAACAAGAAGCAAUGGAAUUAUGCGUCACUGCUGCAGAAAAAUAUGCGGACAAUUACGAAAGCGUUUCUCGCAUGAUUAAAGAGACAAUGGACAAAAAAUUCGGUGCGUCUUGGCAUACAGUCGUUGGCGAAGGCUAUGGAUUUGAAAUAACUUAUCAACUUAAACAUCUAUUGUAUAUGUACUGCGCUGGAAAUUUAGCAAUAUGCAUAUGGAAAUCAGCGUAGUGAAAACCAAAAUUGAAAUAUGAAUAAAUGUACAAAUUAUAUAAGUAUUAUAUGAUGAUUUUUAAAAAGAGAUUAUUUUCAUGCAAAAAUAUUGAUCAUACUAUAUACAAAUUGUUUUUUCAAAAUCGUAUUAAAAUAUUGAUAUUAAUUAAAAUUUUACACAUACAUAAGAUAAAAGACUAUAAGAUAAAAGCAAUUUAUAACUUUUAUACAAAUUGAGGAGUAUAUACACGGAAAGACAAUUAUUGGAAUAUUAAUUUAAAAAAAUUUAUAUAUAUGCAUUAUUAAUAGGAAAACUUAAUAUUCAAAUGAAAAAUAUAUUAAUAAAUUAAUGCUGAAAUUUUUUUAUUGGAAUAUUAUUAUAUACAAAUUGUAAAGUAUUAUGCAUAACAUUAUGUUAAUAAUAUCAUUAUUUUUGUUAUAUAUCUGCAUGCAAAUUACAUACAUAUAUAUAAUUGCUAUAAAUGCGUAUUUGAUAUGUGUUUGACUAAAAUUUAUUGUAUUUAUUUGUGUUAUUAUUUAUUUGUAUAAAAGUUUCUUGUGGAAUUAUUAUGUGAUAUUUACAUAUGUUAUUGUGUAUAUAAUAUAAUCAUUUACAAAUCUAUUCUGGGUUGUUUAUUAUUAAAGUAUGAAAUGAAGUCGUUAAUUCUAAGUUUAGUAAGUUCUAAAUUUAGUAAAUUCAUAAUAUUAAUAUUUUUAAAACAUUUAUUUUAAUAAUUUAAUUACAGUAUUAUUUUAUAGAUAUAUUAAGAUACGUUAUUGUGUAUUCUCAUAUAAGGACAUUAAUUUUUAUUGUAGGAAAUGUAUUGUUUAUUUAUAAUUAUCCAUCUUUUACAGCAUUCCGCGACUAAGUUUAUACAAUUUCUUUCUUAUUUUAAUUUAAAAAAUAUGAAAUGCUGGUCCAAAAAAUAUGUUACAAUUUUCCUGUUAUAGUUUCAACAUUUAUGCAAGCAACUGAGCAUAUUUUUAUAUUUAACACGUUCAAUGUAUUAAUAAGAAUGUAAUUUACAAAAUUUCACAGACUAUUAUUUCUUUUGAAAUAAUUGUUAUAAUGUAUACUGUAACAAGCAAUUAAUAUAUUUAAAAAAUUUACAUUAAUCCUUCGAGAGAACGACGUUUAUAAAUUGUAUUGACUCCCAUACGAAGUUUAGAAAUUAUUACAAAUUAUUAAAUUUCAUAAUUAUAUAUAUGAACGAAAUCAAUAACUAUAAGGUAUAAAAUAACAAAAAAUUAUAAUUUUAAUUUAUAGAAAUUAUCAAAAAGCUUAAAUCAUUAACAUCAAACGUCAUUCCUGAAAGAUUAAACAGUGAGAUACAUAUUAAAUAAUAUAUAUCCAUUUUCACAAAAAUAUUAACAAUAGUUAAAUGAAUACUAUAUAUAUUUACAUAGUAUGGAGAAGUGAUUUUAAAUUACAUAAACAAAAUUUAUUACAUUAUUUAAUAGUAGUAGUAAUUGUAUUAAUAAUAAUAAUAAUAAUAAUAUUUCUAUAUUUUUAAAUUAUUUGCUACCAUCAUUAAUAAUACAUAUGCUUUCCAUUUUCCAUUUCUGCAAGAUGAAUUCUCUAGUAUUUACAAUUCUUGCAGAAACUUCUACACGUGCUGCUAAGUCGUAUGUUCCAGGAGCUAGAAGUAUAGCCUGUAAGUUCACAGUACUACUCAUAAGUGGUUCUACAUGA